AUGGCGCCUCUGAGUCUUUCGAUGGCGUCUGUCGCCAGCAUGCUGGCCAUGCUGCCAGCGGCGCUCGCUGGCUUCAACCCCGCGUCGAAUAAGGGCGUUGCUCUCUACUGGGGCCAAAACUCACAUGGACAGGGCAGCGGCGAGUUCGCCCAGCAGCGCCUGAGCUACUACUGCGCAAACUCUGAUAUUGACAUUAUCCCGAUUGCCUUUAUGAACGGCAUCUCGCCUCCCGUGACCAACUUUGCAAACGCCGGAGACAACUGCACAAAGUUCUCUGACAAUGCGAACGUCUUGAACUGCCCUCAGAUUGAGGCCGACAUCAAGUCUUGCCAGGCUGGCGGCAAGACCAUCAUCUUGUCGCUCGGCGGUGCGACUUAUACGCAGGGCGGCUGGGGCAGCGCAGGCGACGCGGAGAACGCCGCGCAGAUGGUCUGGGACAUGUUCGGCCCCGUGGGCAAGAACGUCGACCGCCCCUUUGGCUCGGCCGUGGUGGACGGCUUCGACUUCGACUUCGAGUCCCCCACCAACAACUUGCCCGCUUUCGGCAAGAAGCUCCGCAGCCUCAUGGACGGCGCUGGCGGCAAGAAGUUCUACCUGGCGGCCGCUCCCCAGUGCGUCUUCCCCGACGCCGCCAACCAGGCGACCAUGGAUAGCGUCGCAUUCGACUUCCUCAUGAUCCAGUUCUACAACAACUGGUGCGGAGUGUCCAACUUUGUCGAGGGCUCCACGUCCCAGAAUGCCUUCAACUUCAACGUUUGGGACAACUGGGCCAAGACGACGAGCCCCAACAAGAACAUCAAGCUGAUGCUCGGCAUCCCCGGUGCCCCUGGUGGCGGUGGCGGCUAUACCAACGGUUCCAAGCUCAAGGCCGCCAUCGAGUGGUCCAAGGCGUACAGCAGCUUCGGCGGUGUCAUGGCGUGGGAUAUUUCUCAGGUCUACUCCAACACCGGGUUCCUCAAGGAGAUCGUGAGCGACCUCGCUGGCGGCCCCACGGGCACGAACCCUCCUGGCGGCGGCACCCCGACUAGCACCAGCAGUGGGAGCACUCCUCCUCCCACCGGCAACCUUGUCCCCCACUGGGGCCAGUGCGGCGGCCAGGGAUGGACGGGCCCGACCCAGUGCCAGGCUCCUUACAAGUGCGUGAGCGGCGGGCAGUGGUGGGCUUCGUGCCAGUAG